UUUACGAAGUUGUAGUGUUUGGUACUCGUACCCGCGUUGAAAUAGAUCUCCGCUGCAUCAGGAACCCGUGCUCGCCUCCCCUACUGCGUGUGAAGAAUGGCCUCUGGAGGCAUUGCUAUAAACAUGGAGGUUGCUCUUCCAAGGAGCUCCGGGCCACACGACACUCUCUCCGAUCUAUAUUAUGAUCUACUAUCGCCAGUGUCGGAUCCAUCGCAUGCUCUACAUGUAGGCCAGUCUCGAGCCGGGAAAGUCCCUGUCCAGUAUGGAAUGGCGCAGACUCCAAAGGAAGACUAUAUCCCACUCCACGCGUUGCUGGAGAAACGUAGUAGCAGCGAUGUGCAAAGCACACCACUCUGGCAUGAGCCUCUAUCCUCGAGCCCCACAAGUAGCCAGCAUAAUGUCACAUCACACACAGCCUGCAGUGCACCUGAGUUUCUGGGCACCAACGGUACAGCCAAUGACAUACAGCAAUGCCAGCCACCAGUGAAUGCGAGAACUCAACCGGCAGUCUCACUCCCUCAGCACCAGUGGCCUCAAACUACUGGGUCCGUAACAAACGGCAUUGGACUAGGACAGCAAUCGUCUGCCAGUGCAACACCAGUACCUCACGAGCACCAGCGCUGCUAUGAUCACCGGCAACACUCUUCCAGCCAGGCUGCAUUUGGUCAGCACCGCCAGCCUCAGGUUGUCCACAGCAAUGGAUACUUUACCGGUCCUCAACACGUUAUGACUCACCGGUUGCUGACCCAACACAGGCAAUUCAACCCAAACAUGUCGCCCCUCCAGCAGAACCAUGAACGAACCAGGCACAUGAAAGAGUGGCUGCUGCAACACCGCAUGCACCCAUACCCAAACAAAGUCGAAAUGAGUGCGUUGGCUGCAAAGGCAACCAUGACAAUGCAGCAGGCGGCCACGUGGUUUGCGAAUCAACGUCGUUCCAUCAAGAAAAUCGGCAUGUUUAUCUAUUCUGACAAGCGGUAUCCAGAUGAAGAAUUCAAGUGUAAGAAUCAAAGCAGCAGCAGCAGCCAAGAGUAACGGAUGGCGACACUCAUGAAAGACGGCACCAGAACGGUGAGGACAUAGCUGUCAAGGUGCUGCACGUUGCAGGCUAAUCGUUGCACUCCAAACACAGCGUCCAGUUCUUAUAGCACGAGAGAGGUAUCAAACUCUGAAAUCUGUAUAAUCAGCAUUACAAGUGCAUUGCCAGGAUAGUGCGCAUUCUAAUAAUAUAUUAUUUUCUUCGGACUUAUGCCUGAAUCCAUGAGUCACCACCUGGGUUGGCCAUGCAUAGCGAGAUUUUUUUUAAAGUGCAUGGUACUGCUACUGUACUACUAUUGUUGUAAUAAUGGUGACAGGGCAGACAUCAACAACAUGAUCUCUUUUCUUUGAACAUAUUGUAUAGGCACUAACACUGUCAGCCUGUAAUCCACCAAUCACUUGGCUGGGAUCUGAAGUGCACGCUACUGCUACCGUGACAAACCAGCUAGCCGUGGCAACGGCUUGAUUUCUCUUCUCAGGUCUUGUAUAUUGAUUUCGCGUUGGGGGCGAGACGUUUCCAAAUUA